AUGGACGAGGCCAUCCCGCCACCGCCGGCCAACUCAUCCGGCGACCCGGCCGCCGCCGGCCAACUCGUGUUUGUCAAGCAAGUGAGAGAUGGAAAUAGGACAAAUACUCACUUGGCCUCCAAUGCAUAUGAUGAGGUGGGGAGGGAAUUCAAACUAAUAACAGGGCUGGAGUACAUCAAUGACCAAUUGAAGAACAAAUGGGACAAACUGAGAGGUCAAUACAACAUAUUCAAGAAACUUAAGUUGAAGGAGACAGGAGCGGGAUGGGACAUAAAGUGGAACACUGUGAAACAAGAUGCAGAGUGGUGGAAGAAGGCAAAGAUAGACAUUCAAGCAAUUACUUGUGGUGCAAUAGAAAGUAGUGAUGAGCACUUCAUUGCCUAUGAGCUUUUCAUCAAAAGAGAGCAAAGGGAGAUGUUUCUAAGCAUGAGUGCUGAAACUCGUUUGGGUUGGCUCAAGAGGAAGUUCAGCGUCAAGUACGGGAACUAG